AUGUACAAUAAUUAAACAAUUAACAUAUCACUAUGCACAUAGAUCUUUGAGAAUAUAAAUUCUACAAUAAACUUAUAUGGUAUAAUUUAAAAAAUCAUCACAAUAGAUAUUAUUUUGAAUCACAUUUUGGUAAAUUAGGUUAGUAUUUGGUUUUAUCUAAUUGGAUGCUCAAUCUCAUUAAUUUUAGAUACCUUCUUAUUUAUAGUCUUUUUAUAUAAAAGUCAAUUGAGAUAGAGUCCAGGAGACAUUUUUUUAGGUAGUUUCGUAUUUGAAAUCAUUAUGGCAAUAUAGUGGUAUAUAACUGCAGUUUCCUCUUACGAAAAGAAACCUUUGCAGAGUAAUUCAUUAGAAUGUUAAUUUACAGCUGCAUUAACAUUGAUAUCACGUAAUAAUAUAUCACUUAUGAUUCAUCUAGACUUAGGAUAAUAUUUUUAUAUAUUGGCUUUUUUCUAUUUUCUUACAAGAUAAGUGAAAACUAGUUUUAAGGCAAAAAACAAUAUAUAAUGGUUAAUCCACUUAGGAGUUAUUAUAUUAACAUUAAUAACAUGUGUUAUAGUAUUUUCUUUGAAUCUGACAGGCAAAAAUGUAGAUGGAAAAUGUUCUAUCGUUACAUCUCUGUUGGCAGAGUACAUUUAAUAAUUUUAGAUAGUUAUGUCAUAACCUUAGGAUAUACAUUGACAAUUUUAAUAUACGUUUCAAUAGGAGGAUAUUCAAUUUAUUAUAUUAAGAGAAAUAUACCAAAUUAAUAUAAGGAGAGAGCAUAAAAGUUUCUGAAAUUUAGUAUAAUUUAUUUUUUGACUUAUUUAAUUUUGAUAUUUGCAGCAUAAUUGGUUGAAUUAUUAGCUAGUUUAAGUUGUACUUAUCAAUGGAAAAUGAACUUAAAUGCUAUGUAUGACACAGCAGCAUUUUUUGAUGUUAUGAUAUUAAUACUUUUACCUAUUAUUAGAGUAAAUGAUCCUUAUACAAAAAGAAUAUUACUUAAAAUGUUUGGGUAUGGAUAGAAACAGAAAUAAAUAAUAGAAGAGAAUGAACUUGAAUUAUCUAAACAUAAUAGUAGUGUUGAUUAAGAUCUUAGUCUUUUGACUAGUGGUAUUUCAUAAAUUAGAUAAUCUGAAUUAAUUAUUAAUAGAGAGAGAUAAUAAACAGAUGAUAAUCCUUUUGUUAAUGUUUUAUAAAAUAAAAAGAGAGGAUAAAUUAUGUGUAAAAUGAUAGCAGGACUUCAAAUUGAUUAAUAUUCUAAAUAUAAUUCUUUGGAUGUUGAAAUUAUUAAUCAGAAAUCAGAUAAUAUCUAUGAAGAAAAAAAGAUUUAUAAAUUUAUUAAUGAUUAAAUUAUAACUACAAUGCCAUAUAAUUUAUGUUAAGAAUUUGUAUCUUUAGUAGAAGAUUUUCCAUAAAUUAAGGUAAUUUCUUAUACACCUAUUAUAUUUCAUACUAUAAUGAAUAGAGAGAAAGAGAAGUUGAAUAUUUAUGAAUCUCUUGAUAUUAAUAAUAAUUUUGAGAAGAUAACAAAUGCAAGUAAAAAUGAAGGUGGUAAAUCAGGUUAAUUUUUCUUUUAUUCCUAAGAUAAUUAAUUGAUUAUUAAGACAGUAACUUAAUAAGAAUUAAAAAUUAUACUUACUAUGCUUAAAAAUUAUUUCUUGUAUAUAUUAUCUAAUCCAAAUACAUUAAUUGCUAAAAUUUAUGGUCUUUAUACAUUUGAAUAAGAAAAUCAAAAAAAUAUCAACAUUAUUGUUAUGAGAAAUAUUGCUAAAACUUCUAAUACAUUUAGAAUCUACGAUCUUAAAGGUUCUAGUUAUGAUAGGGAAGUUGCUAAAAAAGAUACUAAUCUAUAAAAGGUUGUAUUAAAAGAUUUAGAUUUUUUGAAUAUUGAAAAAUAUCUAUAUAUUUCCUAAGAAGAUGCAAGUUUUAUUGCAGAAAAUGCAAUUAAAGAUUCGAAUUUCUUUAAGUCUUAAGGAUUAAUUGAUUAUUCCUUAAUUGUUUUUAAGAUUCUAAAUGAAUAAAAUCAAAAUCUAAUUCCAAAAAAAUAAGCUAAUAUAUUUAUGUGUGAUGAUAUUAGGUAUAGAUAUCAUAUUGGAAUUAUCGAUUAUUUGUAAGAGUAUAAUGUUUAAAAAUAAUUUGAAAAAUAUACCAAAAAAAUUAUUAAACUUAAUUAAAAUUUAGAUACUAGUUCAUAAGAUCCUAAAAUAUAUGCUAAUAGAUUCUAAUAAUUUAUUAGAAGAAUUACCAAAAUUGAAUGA